AUUACAGGCAAAGACCAGCUUACAUUUGGCAUUGUUCCACUUGAUGCUCAGUACCGGUCCUCUCAGAGUGCCAAGUCAGUCUAUCCUCUGGCUAUAGCUAACUGUAAGGAAAACAGGUUGGUGGCAUUGCUUUUGUUUUUUCGACGUUUGGACUGUUAUUGCAUGUGUACGUUAUUUGUCACUCAAAUGUAGCUGUAAUAUUUAUUCCAAAAAAAUUUAUUUUCUAAUGAUCUGCUGAGUGUGAAGCAAAAGAAAUAUUAUGGUAUUGUGACUAAGCCCAUUACCUGCAUAAAGUCACUUCCUUAAAAAAAGCACUUUUGUUAAUCCAAGUCAUAUAUCAAAUUAAUUCUGCUUGUCUGUUUUUAAGAGAUGACCUUAAGAAGUUGCUUCAUAAUCUUAACAAGCAGAAGGACAAACUGAAAAAGAUGGGAAUAACAGUGGAUGGCAAACACUAUCGUGUACAGUUCAAAGGUAAUUAUGAUCGCCUGUUAGUUUAUUAUUUCAACUAUGAAAAAAAGAGUUACUUAUGGUGGCUUUUGUACCAAGGAGAGAAAAGUGGAAUUACUAACAGUUUCAAUUUUAGAGUUGAAUGUACAAUCUUAACACAAUGUUGGCAUUGUCUAGCAUUUAACAUUGGCCUUUUGGUUGUUCCUUUUUUAGUUACUCUUGAUUACAAAGGUUUAGUGUUGCUCAUGGCAAAAAUUGAAGAUGAAGAUUUUUUGCUGGGAGGACGGGGCCUGUGUGUCGAGUUUUGCAUAUUCUGUUUUACACUGAGGGUAAGUUUAGACUAUGCUGCUAAACACAUAGUUACAGACUUCUCAUUAGUCCAGUUUGUCUGUUCUGCAAUAUACAUAUUUACACAACAAUUUAUUUUUGCCCCCGUGCAUGAUACAUCAAAGAAGAAAAAAAGGACCUGAUUAGUUUUUAUUAUAAUUAUGUAGUACAAGAAAAUUGGUACCUAGUUGACAGUGGUAGUAGGAUUUUACAGGCCUUAAGAAAUGCAUAAUCAUUUCGUUAAUGUGAAAGCUAGCAAGGAAACAAAAAAUACAAUAAGGGGUUUAAGAACCAGAUUGUUUUGGGUUUCUCAUUUCAAGAUAGCUGCAGAUCCUGCAUCUUUGUAUAAAUUUCAGUCCAAUGCAGGGAGUUAUGAACCAAAAAUUGACCCCUGACAUAAUGAGUUCAACAACAUGUAUAGCCAUAUUAACAGUGGUACUGUGCUUUAAAAGUGAGACUCCUUUAAUUUCAACAGUACAGAAAGUACUCCCAAAUGUUGAGCCUAGUCUCUCUCUCUCUUUUUCUCUAUAGGCUUGUGAUUGUGAUUUAGGAAGGCAUGAAGUGUGUCUUGAGCACUUUCUUCAAACAAAGGCGAACAUUGGCGGGUAUGUCUUUUCAAACAUUUACUAUUCUUCCACAUGAUAUGCUGCUGUGUUUCAUUCAAGUCAGGCAUUUCAUUUGACACACUCUCAUUGAAUGUUAUCCCUUUUUAUGCUCCCACUGAGCUUAAUACAAAAUAAUUUUUUGUUGUUGAAAUUUUCAUAUUAGCUGCUGCAGGCAUUUUUUUUAGACAGCUUUACAGUUGUGAUAAAUUUUUGUUUCUCUUUUGAGUAUUUUUUUGAAGUUUGGAGCAUACUGUAAUGUUUGCAAUAAUGAUUAUUAGUUUCAGAGGCUUGAGAGAGGAUUUGACAUGCAUCCUUGAUGAGGAACUGUCUUCAAUGAGUCUCUGUGCUUUGCACUGUGAGAUGAGAAACACACAGCAGUUGUUGAAGAGUAUUGGCUUGUUGGCCUAUGAGAUUGGAUCACUUGAAGACUGCAAUCAGAAACUUUCUGAAUAUGGUCCAGCUAAUUUCAAGGCAGAUCGCAUCACAGUCAAGUUAAGGCCGGGACAGCAGGUAGCCCCCGAGCGAAAUAACAUUUCUUUUGCCUCAUGCUCAGGUAAGUCUAGCUUAGAAGAUUAG